GCUUGUGUGUGUGCCGCGUAGGUGUAUAUACGUGCGCAUGUUGUGGGAGUGUUCCCCGGCACCUUUUCGCUUUAGCACUAGCUUAAUAUCCGCUUGCUCUUUUGGUGUCAGGUGAUGGGGUUGGAGGCAGGCUUGGGUCAAUUUCAAUUCUUAAUUUCAAGUAAAUAAUGUAAAAAUACUUAUACCCAUACUUCCGGGGUCAGUUCCCUAACCUUUUGAGUGGUUUUGACGAUGAUAUCAUACAAUUCGUGAAAACGCGGUCAUUUUAAGAUAUGUAUAAAAUAAUAUUUGUGUUUGUGGAUGAGUUUACUUCUGCCAAUUAUUGCGCUGAAGACCAUUGCGCUACGUUUUUCCCCAUUUGAAGACCAUUCAAAAAGCCUACAAAAGUUCAAAAACUACAAGGCUUCUUCCUGGAAAAUGACGUGUGACUUUCAUAGUGUAUUAUUCUGUAAAAAGGAUAAUACACAUGGCACAUUUUAAGUCUCGAAUUGAAAUGGAAUCGAGCCCAAGCCUGUUUGGAGGGCAAACAUAAAGUGGGCAGGAUCUAUAUCUUCCCUCUGUAAAUGGAUUUCGCUGCUAUGAGGACUAGUACUUAUGUCUCCUAUAGAUCAUAACACAGAUGCAUAGUUAAUAGCCAGCCUAGCAGACUGCUGUGAGUGGUUGUGGGUUAGCCCAGUCCCUGUGCUUGGUAUAGUAUCCCUUUUGGUUUUACCAGCUACUGUUUGUCAUUGGUACUUUGCCCUGACUUUUUAAAAUGUUUCCAGAAAAUCACAGUAGCAGAGUGCAUAGAGACACAGAGCAAAGCCAUGACCAUGCUAACGAUAGAUCAGCUCUCAUACCUGCUGAAGUUUGCCCUCCAGAAGAUGAAACAGCCAGGGGUGCCCACUGUGAGUCAGAGAGGGCUUUUGGUUGAAUGGUGUGUUUAUGAGAACUGAUGCCUGUGACUGUUUCCUCUCUGGGCAGACUGAGCCCUUCUGGAAGCCUGUGUCUCUGGAGCAGCACCCUGACUAUGCCGAGUACAUAUUCCAUGCUAUGGACCUCGCAACACUGGAGAAGAAUAUGAAAAAGAAAAUGUAUGGCUGCACGGAAGCCUUCUUGGCUGACAUGAAAUGGAUAUUGCACAACUGCAUCAUCUACAAUGGUGGUAAUCACAAACUAACAGCAACAGCAAAGGUCGUUGUGAAGAUCUGUGAACAUGAAAUGAAUGAAAUCGAGGUCUGUCCAGAGUGCUACCUGUCCUCGUGCCAAAAGAGGGACAACUGGUUUUGCGAGCCAUGUGGUCAUACCCACCCCCUGGUGUGGGCCAAGCUGAAGGGCUUCCCCUUCUGGCCAGCCAAAGCACUGCGGGAGAAAGACGGACAGGUGGACGCACGCUUCUUCGGACAGCAUGACAGGGCGUGGGUUCCCAUCAACAACUGCUACCUCAUGUCCAAGGAGAUUCCCUUCUCUGUGAAGAAGACCAAGAGCAUCUUCAACAGCGCCAUGCAGGAGAUGGAGGUCUACGUGGAGAACAUCCGCAAGAAGUUUGGGGUGUUUAACUACGCCCCCUUCCGCACCCCCUUCACGCCCAACAACCAGCUCCAGAUGCUGCUGGAUCCAGCCAACCCCGGGGCAGGGGCCGUGAAGAUGGAGAAACCCGACAAGAUGCGCUUCAACUUCGACAUGACCGCGUCUCCCAAGAUGCUCCUGGGCAAGAGCUCUCUGUCGAGCGGGAUGGGGCGGAGGAUCUCUCUGACGGACAUGCCUCGCUCUCCCAUGAGCACCAACUCCUCUGUACACACGGGGUCUGACGUGGAGCAGGAUGGGAUGGAGAGAGGGCCCAGGAACCCCCCAUUCCACUACAGUGCUGGGGAGGAGUCUAUGGACUACACCGCGUCCCCUGGGUCAGUGAAGAUGGGCCAUGCAGGCAGCUUGACGGGCAGCCCCAAGCCAUUCUCCCCUGGUCUGGUGCCCAAGCAGGAGAGGGCCCCGGGCACAGGCAGCAUCCUCAAUCUCAACCUGGAUCGUGUGAAGGCUGAGAUGGACCUGAAGGAGCUCAGUGAGGCAGUACAGCAGCAGCAGCAGCAGCAGCAACAACAACAACAACAACAACAACAGGGGUCAUCACUCCUCACCACCGCCCCCAAGAGACCAAUCAGGAGCCUGGACAAGACCAUCGAGAGCUGCAAGGCCCAACUCGGCAUUGAUGGGAUCUCUGAGGACGUGUAUAAGGGUGUGGAACACAGUGACUCAGAGGAUUCCGAAAAGUCUGACUCCAGCGACAGCGAGUACCUUAGCGAUGAGGAGCACAGACAGAAGAGCGCCACCCAUGACGACAAGGACAAAGCAGAGAGGGAGUCAAGGAAGAGGCCCAAGGCGAGCGCACAGGGAGAGGACAAGGAGGCAGUCACAGAGACCAGGGAUAAAAAAAACUCUGAAGCCCUGCUCAAAGACAGACAGGGCAUCAAUGGCCCAGAGAGAGACUCCCAGGAGAAGCCCAGGACGCCCCAGACUCAGCCCCCCACAGACAUGCCCAAGGCCCCAGAGGGGAGGGCCCUUGCUGGCCCAGACCAGGACUCCGACUCGGAGAGGGAGCUGGUUAUUGACCUGGGGGAUGAACAGGGGGGUCGCGACCGUAAGGCCAGGAGGGAGCCAGGGGCUGGAGUCGCUAAGGCCAUGAAGGAGCCCCUUGGCACCAAGCUGGAAGGAAAAUUCCCUGCCGCGGUGACACCCUCUCCAGCCUCUGCCACUUUGUCCAACCUCAAAGACCCCAGUCAGCCACUCAUCAACCCUCCACUCAACCUGUCCUCCAGCACAGGCUCUGGUCAGCCCAACACGGCCCUCAGCACCACCCCCUCUCCAGCCCCCACCUCUGCCCCCACCCUCUCCUCCGCCGCCUCGGCAGUGAAGAAACAGCGCCCUCUGCUGCCCAAAGAGACGGCUCAGGCAGUGCAGCGUACGGUGGUGUGGAACCCGGCCAACAAGUUCCAGACGUCGUCCCAGAAGUGGCACAUGCAGAAGGUGCAGCGGCAGCAGCAGCAGGAGGAGCAGCCGUCUACGCCAACACAAACACAGGUUCCUGUUCCGGUCCAGGUGCCGACGCAGACCCAGGCACAGACACGCAGCCCACAGCAGCUCCAGUCACAGCAGCAGUUGCCGGCAUCUUCCAGUAUGCGCUACCAGACCAGACAAGCAGCAAAAGCCGUGCAACAGAAAGAUGGUCCCCAGACCUCCACCUCAUCAGUCACCUUGGUCACCUCUGGUGCCUCCUCCUCCUCGUCUUACCUGGCAGGAGACUUUCAGAUCCCCACAGCUUCAGCAGAUGUGGCAGCUGACAUAGCAAAGUACACCAACAAAAUGAUGGAAACGAUAAAAGGAACGAUGACAGAAAUCUACAACGACCUUUCCAAAAGCACUUCAGGAAACACAAUCGCAGAGAUCCGGCGGCUGAGGAUAGAGAUUGAGAAACUUCAGUGGCUACAUCAGCAAGAGCUUUCAGAGAUGAAGCACAAUCUUGAACUGACUAUGGCGGAGAUGAGACAGAGUCUGGAGCAGGAGAGGGAGCGCCUGGUGGCGGAGGUGAAGAAGCAGAUGGAGGUGGAGAAACAGCAGGCGGUGGAUGACACCAAGAAAAAGCAGUGGUGUGCCAACUGCAGGAAGGAGGCCAUAUUCUACUGCUGCUGGAACACCAGCUACUGUGACUACCCCUGCCAGCAAGCCCACUGGCCAGAACACAUGAAGUCCUGCACACAGUCAGCAACAGCUUCUCAGCAGGAACCAGAGGCGGAGUCUACCUCUGACCCUUCAGCCAAACCACCAGGUCACUCCUCCAGUGCCCAGACCCCUUCUGGUACAGGAUCUGCUGCCACAGACAAAGGCCCCUCUCCUACCUGCUGUGUGGACAAGAGCAAGGACAGUGCCAGUGUUACUGUGCCCUAACCACUACACUGCACACACACACACAUUUUUACUCUACAAUCCUGCAGUCUGUAAAAUGUAUGUAUCUGUUGCAAAGAGACAGAUCCAAUAAACCAAGCCUUUUUGCGACCAACUAAUCUGGGAAUGUCCAGCAAAUCUCCGUAUGAAAGACCACAGAGGUAUCAAAACCACCCUCACCCUCUCCUAGCCAGGCUUAGGGCUUUAAAACGCCAAGGACACUCCUUGCAUAAAGUCCUGCUCCUCUGUGAUUCAGCUGACUCAUCCCCUGUCCCGUGUUUUGUUCAACGUCUGCCUCGUGAUCCGAUGUUUUAAGCCAUCCUUCAUCCUCCUCAAAGUCUAUGUGCUAGACUGGAGGAUUCACUUACCUUGUCCUUGUGACUAGUUCAUCUGGAUAUCAAACUUCAGUCUGUAUACAUUUGAACUCUUUCUUUCCUCUUUUCAUCCUAUUUUUAUAUCCCUCUUACCAUCUAUCCUAACGCUAGUUAUCUACAGGAAAGUACAUCAAAAGAUCAGAUAUCAAUGUUUUGUGUGUUCUUACAACAAUCUUAAACUUGAAACCUGUGAUGCUGCUCUUUAAAAUAUACCACAAGUCUUUAUAGUUAUUUGCCACCAGAAGUGAAACCGAGCACAUUACUGUGCCAGCCCUUUUUGGUACACCCAAACAAUCUCAAAUGUAAAUGAUUCUACAUUGUUAAUGUGGUUUAAAAGGUAUUGUCAAUGCGGUUUAAAAGUUUCAUCAUUUUGUAAGGAGUUGACAAGGGUGUAUUUGAAAAUCCAUGAACAGUAUACACAGACAUUUCAUUCAAAGGGAUAGCAUUAAGUUGGUAAUCACCCCCCCGUGUGUACGUUAUUGUUUCAUACUCAUAUAUCGUAGUUCUUCAGUGUAUACAUAGAUUUUAAUAAACUGUGAUGUAUAAAAACUAUAAAAAGGUUAAAACUGUACAAAGUUUUUGUAAUAAGACACAUGGACAAUAUUUAUAGUGCUAUGACAAGCAUAUGAGAUUUGUUUUUUUUUUAAGUACUGUUUGUGAAUGAAAAUCACUUUCCAAAUGUUUUGAAACGGCUCAGCUCUGGAAAUCAUUUUAUUUAAAUGCAUUGUAAGACUUUAUAUGAAUGUCACCUGGACCCUCUGUUCAGAUUCUGUCAGAACUAUUUGUCUCAUCAACCUUCAAUGGUUUGGUUAUUCAUUAACAAUGUAAGCCUACUCCAGAAUGACUUUCGACCAUGAUAGUGUUUUUGGAGGGUAAAGGAAACAGCAAAAGUGACUGACUGUAUAUUAUUCUGAGCAUGUUUAUUUACCCCUUUGUUUGUCAUAUAUUCCCUUGUUUACAUAUUGUACAUAUAGUAAAUGGAUUGUUAAUGUCUUUAAGAAAAAAAAUUAAACCGGUCUGACCAAUGUU